AUGGUGAUUGCAAACUUUGGGAGAAAGGAGGCGCAGGUAAUGCGACUCGGGAAAUACGAGUUGGGAAAGACUCUUGGAGAAGGCAAUUUUGGAAAGGUCAAGUUGACAAGGGACACUAAUUCUGGCAAGCUUUUUGCUGUUAAGAUCCUUGAGAAGAGAAAGAUCAUUGACCUCAAUAACACUGAUCAGAUAAAAAGGGAAAUAUCUACCUUGAAGCUUCUGAAGCACCCGAAUGUUGUUAGAUUAUACGAGGCAUCCAAAGGUAAACUUACAGAAGAUGAAGGUAGGAAGAUAUUCCAACAGUUGAUUGAUGGUGUGAGUUUCUGCCACAAUAAAGGUGUUUUCCACAGGGAUCUUAAGCUGGAGAAUGUACUUGUGGAUGCCAAAGGGAACUUAAAGAUAACCGAUUUUAAUCUUAGUGCUUUGCCCCAGCAUUUUAGGGAUGAUGGAUUGCUUCAUACUACUUGUGGAAGUCCCAACUAUGUUGCUCCUGAGAUUCUUGCCAACAAAGGCUAUGAUGGUGCAACAUCAGAUAUAUGGUCAUGUGGUGUUAUCUUGUAUGUAAUUCUUACAGGAUACCUUCCUUUCGAUGACAGAAAUCUUGCAGUUCUUUAUCAAAAGAUUUUUAAAGGAGAUGUUCAGAUACCAAGAUGGCUAUCACCUGGUGCCCAAAACAUUAUAAAAAGAAUGCUUGAUCCCAAUCCUAAAACCCGGAUAACAAUGGCUAUGAUCAAAGAACAUGAAUGGUUCAAGGAGGAUUACACUCCUGCAAAUCCAGAAGAUGAGGAAGAGGGUGUGUACAUUGAUGAUGAAGCAUUUUCCAUCCAUGAUGUGUCACUAGAAUCAGAUCAGGGUAGCCCAAGAUCACCACCACUUAUCAAUGCAUUCAAGUUGAUAGGGAUGUCUUCAAGUCUAGAUCUGUCUGGCCUUUUUGAGAAAGAGGAUGUUUCUGAGCGGAAGAUAAGGUUUACAUCCACCCACACACCAAAAGUUUUGGAAGAGAGGAUAGAAGACAUUGUAACUGAAAUGGGGUAUAGAGUCCAGAAGAAAAAUGGGAUGUUGAAAGUGAAACAGAUCAAAGCACCAAAAGGUCUAGAUACUCUCUCAAUGGCUAUAGAGGUGUUUGAAAUUAGUCCAUCCUUGUAUGUGGUAGAGUCAAGCAAGUCUGGUGGAGAUGCUUCUGAGUAUAGACAGUUAUGCCAGAAGUUAUCAAAUGAAUUGGGUGUUCACCCAAACCAACAGCUAGGGAGCUCAGAAAUGAUAAGCUUGAGAAAACAGGAUUUGGAAGAAACAUGA